AUUGAAGUGAACGUGAACUAUAUACAAACUAUAUUUUACUUAAUAUAAUAUAUAUAUAUAUAAAUAAAAUAUAUUAAUAAACAUGAAAGAUCGUCAAUCAGAUUUGUGUUCAAAAUAUAUAAAAAUCUUUAUUGUUGUUUCUUGUUACUGGAUAGUAUCAAUAGCAACAGUAUUUGUCAAUAAAAGUCUGUUAAGCAGUCAAUCUGUAAAUUUGGAAGCUCCAUUGUUUAUAACAUGGUUUCAAUGUGUAGUUUCAUUCACAAUAUGUUUCACAUUGAGCAAAACAGGAGGUAUUCCUGGUAUAUUCAAUUUUCCAAUAGGUACUCCAUGGUCUAAAGAUAUUGUUGGAAAAGUUAUUCCAUUAUCUAUAAUGUUUACAUUGAUGAUAGCAACAAAUAAUCUCUGCUUGAAAUAUGUUGGAGUAUCAUUUUACUAUAUAGGAAGAUCUCUGACAACAGUAUUUAAUGUAAUAUUUAGUUGGAUUUUAUUGAGGCAAGUUACAUCACACAGAUGUGUACUUUGUUGUGGUUUCAUCAUAUUUGGAUUCUACCUCGGUGUGGAUCAGGAGCACUUACUUGGUUCAUUUUCAUUGAUUGGAACAAUAUAUGGAGUUGUGGGCUCUCUUAUGUUGUCACUUUACUCCAUUUACACGAAAAAAAUCCUUCCAAUUGUUAAUCAAGAAGUAUGGCUAUUAUCAUAUUAUAAUAAUGCAUACUCAAUUAUAUUAUUUUUACCACUAAUAGUUUUAAAUGGAGAAGUAGAUGUAUUGUUGAAUUAUAAUAAUUUUAAUAGCACUUACUUCUGGAUACAAAUGGUUAUUGGUGGUUUCUGUGGAUUUGCUAUUGGCUAUGUUACAUCAAUGCAAAUUAAGGUCACAUCACCCUUAACUCAUAAUAUAUCGGGAACAGCGAAGGCAUGUGCUCAAACAGUGAUAGCGACUCAGUGGUAUAAUGAAAGCAAGAAUUGUCUCUGGUGGACGUCAAACAUCAUAGUUUUGGCGAGUAGUGCAUUGUAUGCAAGGUUUAAGCAAGUUGAAAUGGAGAAAAAUUCUAGAAAACUCAUUCCUGAAGAAGAAAAGAGCUUAAUGUAAUUGGAUAAAUUAUGAUGUUAGUAAAAAUAUAACGAAUUUAACUAUAGACAUUAAUUUAUUAUAUUUAUAUAUUAAUUAAUUAUAGACAUACCAAAGUCAAAAUUAAAUUAAAUAUAUUGUUAUAAUACAAAUUACUUUAAGUAUAAUUAAAUAUAUUAUAGUAUUAGUCAUAAAAAUGUAAUAUACAUAUACCGAUCGAUCCUGCACAAAUGUUGUAGAGUUAUUCUUGUUUAAUUGUUUUCCGAACAUUGUUAUCGACCAACAAAGGCGGAUCUGUUCGCACCAUCGUCCUUUUAUCGUAUUCAAGAAAAUAUAAAUGUUAUCAAAAAUUACUUAAAAAGGUAGAGUAUUAUA